CUGGUCGAUGACACCUCUGGCUGAGGUGGCGAUGUGUGUUUUUGCACCUCUGUUGACUUGCUCGCAGCAGGACGCAGCCUUUACCUUGAGCGCAUAGGUUGUCAUGAGAUUUCUCAGCCCAAUCAUCUCACAUCAGCAACACCUUUUGCUCUCUGAAGAUGAUCCGCAUUCAUAACCCUCACCAUGUGCCGUUUCUACAUCAGACGGAGCAGCUUCGCCAGGCGGGCACCCUUUGUGACACACUUCUCACCGUUGAGGGCCUUUCUUUUAAAGCCCAUGCUCUGAUCCUCGCGCUGGCAAGCAAACGACUCAGGCGUCAACUAACAAACCAGCAUAACCCAAAUCCAGGAUACUGCUGCGCCAUAGAGAGCGUUUCUCCUCAUACUCUCAAGCAAAUCCUAGACUAUGUGUAUAGCGAAUCGGUGGAGGUUCCCAAAGAUGACCUGGAGGAGCUGCUGAGGGGCGCGGAGUAUCUAGAAGUCGAGUCUUUGGUGGAACAGUGUCAAGCGCAUCUCAAAAAUCCAACGAAAACAAACACAAAGUCACCCCAUGAUGAAAAAACACACAAGUACGCUCAAAUGUCCAAAAGAGACCACUCUACAGAAGAAAACCACGAUUGCUCUUCGGAAGAACGUUCUUCCAUCAAUAAAGACCGUAAGAGGCAGAUCCACUCACCACCAAAAAAGACCUGUUCUCCAGUAUCUCCCGUGUCUCCCAUUUUCUCCAGAGAAACCCUAAUUUCUGCAGGAGCUCCGUCUCAGACUCCACGUCUUUGCUGGCCUCCGGUUAACCCAAAUCGGAGCAUGGUGUUGAACUGUAGUGAAAUAAUGGCCUUCCACUCUCUCCGAGCGUAUCCAUAUCCCACGCCAAUGUACCCCAUUCUCCACCGCUCGCUCCCGCCACAGGUCUCUUCCUCGCUCAUGGGCUACACCGGGUUACUUCACCCGUAUCACUCUCUCAUACACUCUUCUCCACUGACUCAAGACAGUCCUUUCACUCCUGGCAUAAAAGGAAAGAGUGGCUCCAUCAAUGCUUCUCUAACAGGGCCCAUGACGGAGGAUCGAGAGAGGAAGCCAAAGAUUCAAGAGGAGAGGGAGAUUUGCUGCAGACACUGUAAUAAGCCGACCCGGGAAAACCCCUGGAAGCCAACGAAUGGGUCAUCAACCUCAGGUUCAGGGGAGAUGGCAUUCAGGUGUAAGUUCUGCGGUCGAGGUGGACGGGACAGGCGGUCUCUGCGCUCCCUCAGGAGGGCUGUUGGAGGAGAGAAGCCUUAUCAGUGCAAACAGUGUAGCAAGAGGUUCAGCCUGAAACACCAGCUGGACACACAUCACCGCGUCCACACAGGUGAAAAACCAUUUGAGUGUCGCCUGUGUGGUCAGCGGUCACGUGACUAUUCGGCAAUGAUCAAGCAUCUGCGUACUCACAGCGGCGCCACCCCGUACCAAUGCACCCUGUGCCUGGAGUUUUGUAGCAGCCUGGCAGCCAUGCAGAAGCACCUGAAGAACCACCCGACGCAGGAAUUUCCUCCAGACUGGAGCCUGAGCAGCACAUAUCUCUACAACUGUCACACUUAACACCACCUGCAGGAUAAAACAUGUACAUAUUAAAACAUUGCAUACUGUUUUGCUAUUUUUAAUACUUUUAUAAAUCUAUUUUUCAAAUACAAUAAUAUAUUUAAUAUACACAAGUUAAAAAAAAAGACUUAUAAAUCAAUUUUAGUAUUUUUUUUUAUUUGGACCUUGGUAAAUAUUGGAUGUACAACAAUCGAUUUUUGCAAAUAUUUUCAAACUUAUUUUGGCUGAUGCCAAUAUCUUUUCUGUUUGUGUGUUCAUUUACAAGUUUAAUUUACAGAGUCAGGUCUGAGAUUUUUAUUCCCCCAUUAGUGUUAGAUUUCUGAUUUUAUGGGCCCGAUUAAUGCUUUUCUCGUACAUUGAGCUUACUUUUUUCUUCAGUUUCCAUCAGUGUAAUAUAGUUUUUUUUUCAGCUGAAGUUUUAAAGCACUUCUGUGCAUAAGGCCCAUUAAGAUAAAGUGGAUUUCAAGUUGCCAAUGUGUUUCUUUUUUUUCUGUGAAGCAAUCAUCACAAUAGCAUAAAAAAAAAAGUUUAUUUAUUGAGCUGGUUAAAUCUGUACCAUUUAUCAAUGCACUCACUAUGUGAUCUAAUUACAGGAUGUAUUUAAUCUUUUAAUAAAAGCAUUACAAUUAAAACAGUAAA